AAACCGCCUUGGUCUUGGUCGUGUACGAAAAGGAAAGAAAUAGAAGAUUCAAAGCGAGUACGCUGUGUACGCGUUGGUUCAUGGUUUCAUCUUGAUCAUGGUCACGAUGUAACCUUAACUGAUAAAACCAACACAACCACACAACUCAACUCCAUCUCCACGCUUUCUCAACUGAGUCUUCUCUGCAACUUCUUCUAUAAAAAACCAUCUUUGUUUUGUUUCUUCACUUGUUUCCUCGUCCACCUUCUGACUUCUGAGGUGAUCUUGGAAGUGAUUUCAUUAGAAGCAAUUGAUACCAUUUGAUAUUUGAAGCUACUUGUACUUAAUUCAGUUAUGACUUGUUUUCCUUUAUUAUUCAGUAAGUCGUCUUCUUCAGCGAGACACGAUCCAGAAAUUGAUGAAGGCAUUCAUAAUGUUAAACUCUACGCCUACAAACAACUAAGAAAUGCCACUGAAAAGUUUAGUCCAGCCAAUAAAAUUGGAGAGGGUGGUUUUGGUUCUGUCUACAAGGGACGGCUUAAAGAUGGAAAAGUUGCUGCAAUAAAAGUUCUUUCAGCUGAAUCAAGACAAGGGGUGAAGGAAUUCUUGACAGAGAUUAAUGUGAUCUCCGAGAUAGAGCAUGAAAAUUUGGUCAAGUUAUAUGGUUGCUGUGUGGAAAAAAAUAACAGAAUAUUAGUCUACAAUUACCUUGAGAACAACAGCCUAUCACAAACUCUUCUAGGUGGAGGUCACAAUAGUCUCUACUUUGAUUGGGGAACUCGAUGUAAAAUAUGCAUUGGGGUUGCACGUGGGCUUGCCUAUCUUCAUGAAGAAGUGAGGCCUCAUAUUGUUCAUAGGGAUAUAAAAGCAAGCAAUAUCCUCCUUGACAAAGAUCUUACACCCAAGAUUUCAGAUUUUGGUCUUGCAAAGCUUAUUCCAGCAAACAUGACUCAUGUCAGCACACGUGUAGCAGGAACAUUAGGUUAUUUGGCACCAGAGUAUGCGAUAGGGGGGAAGCUAACAAGGAAAGCAGACAUUUACAGCUUUGGCGUCCUCCUUGCGGAAAUUAUCAGUGGAAGAUGUAACAUAAACUCACGAUUACCAAUAGAAGAACAAUUUCUUCUGGAGAGGACAUGGGACCUUUAUGAGCGAAAGGAAUUGGUUGAACUGGUGGAUAUAUCACUAAACGGGGAAUUCGAUGCUGAGCAGGCUUGUAAGUUUCUGAAGAUUAGCCUUCUUUGCACUCAAGAAUCCCCGAAGCUCCGGCCAUCGAUGUCUUCUGUGGUCAAGAUGCUCACUGGAAAAAUGGAUGUUAAUGACAGUAAGAUAACAAAACCUGCCUUAAUUUCUGAUUUUAUGGACCUUAAAGUUAGAAGGAACGAAGAAAGUAGUAUUGAUAUGAAGAAUUCAUCUAUGUAUACAACCUCUUCUUCAGACAACCAUGAUAGUACCAUGUCAUUUGCCACAACUACUACCUUUGCAGCAAUAUAUGAUGAAAGCAUGUAAACAUUGAUCAAUAAGAUUUGUCCUUUACUAAAAAAAAUGUUUUGAUUUGUUUAGGCAUGUAUCUCAUGUAAAUUUUGCAACCUUUUAGAUACUUUUUGAGUGAUUUUUUUCCUGGAUGUAGUCCUCCAUGACUAGGAAGUUGCUAUGUGCUGUUCUGUAAAUAUAAACGGGGUUUGUGUUCGAUGAUAAAUUUGAAGAUCUUUUAGUUUUCUAUGUAUUCUGCUUGUCUCA